AUGUCGGACCGCAUGCUGCUCAAGGAGAAGCAGCGUUUGCAGCAGCGCGAAAAGGAGCUAGAGAGGAGGGAGGCGGCGGUGACAGGCCGAGUCGAUCAGCUCGACAACGAGCUCAAGGCAAAGUCGGAGAAGCUCGAGCAGGCGCAUGGUGGUACGGCGGCGCUGCUGCGCCGAGCAUCGGAGGAGCGGGAGGCGGCGCUGCGCGAGGCAUGCACUGCCGCCGCCACGCUGGCGCAAAGGCUAAAGGCGGCGGCGGCCGGAGCCGCCGACGCGUCAGCCCUCAAGCAGGCGGCAGAGGAGGCUGGCAGCGCGCGCAUUGAGCUCGCCACGGCGGCAGAGAACUUGGAGCGGUCGGACCUCGCGCUCCGAGAGAGCCAGGCGGCGCUCUCGGGCGAAGUCGCGGCGGCCAAGGCGGCACUGGACAAGGAACAGCGGGCAGCGGCGGAGCUCGAGGCGCGACACACCUCGGCGAGGGCCGCAGAGGCGGCGAUGAAGGAGGUGCUGGCCCAUGCGCUGGCGCGGUUCCUGCGGCUCCUCGCUCGGCUCAGGGAGGCGCGGGAGGCGGCAGCGGCGGCGGAAAGGGCGGCGCAAGAGCUGCGCGAGCUACGCGACAAGGACCAGGCGCCUAUCACCGCGCGCGCCGCAGCCCUUCGGCGAUCAAUGGUGAGGCUGGAAGCGGAGUGUCGCGCAGAGGGCAAAGCAAAGGAGGCACUCGACGCGCAGGUCGCUGAUUUGGAGGAGGAGUGCCGCGCCAAGGCUCGCGCUCUCACUGCGCUCGAGCAGGCGCAUCGGGCCGGAGCGGCAUCGCUCGAGGCACUCGAGGCGGAGUUCGCUGCCGCGAAGCAGGAGGUCGAGGCCGCGAGCCGCGGUGCCGAGGCGCUGCGGAGCGAGCUCGAUGCCUGCCGUGCGGAGCUCGACCGGCACCGCGCGGCAAUCUCCAGAUUGAGGGCGAGCCUCGACGAGCGGCAGAGGUGGAUCGAGGCGCUUGAGACGAGCACUCGCACGUACAAGAAGCGCAACGCCGAGCUCUGGGCGCAGCUUCGCGGCCUCCCCGUCCAUGGCGACGACCAGUCGGGCUUUGUGGCGGUGGCGGAUGAAGCACCGAGCCCAAAUCCAACAGGCGAGGCGGGGGUGGAAGGGAGCGGCAAGCUGGGCGGAAAGGGGGAGGGCGCCGCGCUUGCGGCCCGGCGAGGGAAGCCGCGCUCAGCGGCGCCUUGCGUGGAGCUCGAGUGGCAGGACGCAUAUGCCCUCCGCGUCGAGCUCGAGCAGAAGAAGGCCCAGGUCAAAGACAUGGAGGCGGAGAUCCGGAUGCUGCGGGAUAUGGUCAAGGCGCGGGAGAGCGACGCGCGCGCGAUGGAGGUGAAGAAUGAGCAGCUCCGGCGCAAGCUGGGCCAAGCUAAGUGA